ACUCCCGUUUCAACUGAAUCUCUCAAAUCCCACCACACUCUUCUUCUCCACCGUCCACAAUCUUCAUCUUCUCCGGCAUGGCGGUUAUCGGAAACCUAGCACUUCUAAUCGACGUUACUUCACCACGCGCCACCGUAAUCGACCGUAGCAAAGCACGAUUACAGCCGUCCGACCUCUUCCUAAACCUGUUCAAAAAGGAUCUAGCAUCGCCUACUUCUAACCUACUCUACGCUUCGUUACCGUCGUUGAAAGGUGGAAUAGAGUUUGAGAAGGAUGCGACUCCACCGCCGCACCGCGGCGUUCGUGGACGGAAGGCGAAUUCGAAGUUUAACGAAGUGGAUUACGAGAGUUCGAGUGAUGAAGAUAACGGAAAUGGAUAUGGAGAUGAGGAUGAGGCUGAGAGAGUUGAGAGUGAGAGGAGGAAGAGGAUGGAGUGGGAGAAUGAGAUGAGGAUGAGAGUUAAGGAGAUUGAAGAUAUGCGAGAGUUGGAGAAGAAAGCUGAGGAGUUGCAGAGUCGUGGUGAAGGAGACGAUGAAGGUGGAAAUGGAGAUGAAGAUGAAGGUGAAGAAAGUGAAGAGACGGAAGAACAGAAGAGGGAGAGAGUUCGACGAGAGCUCGAGAAGGUUGCUCAAGAACAAGCAGAGAGGAGGAAAAUGGCUCAAUUGAUGUUUGAUAUGGGCCAAAGGGCUUAUGGGAAGGGUAUGUAUGGGAGGUCUAUCGAGUACUUGGAAGGUGCUCUCACAAUCAUACCGAGGCCCACUUUGUUUGGUGGCGAGAUACAAAUAUGGCUUGCUAUGGCUUAUGAAGCUAAUAACCGCCACAAAGAUUGCAUUGAUCUUUAUCGGAAGCUAGAAACGAGUCAUCCUAUUAUAAGUAUUAGACGCCAGGCUAAAGACCUAAGAUAUAUCUUACAAGCUCCCAAGCUUAAGAUAUCACAAGAAGAAAUGGUUACAAUUCCACUUAUCGGUUCCAGCUAUGAUAGCUAUGCAGGAACUUGGAGCGACAAAAACAAGGACAAGGAUGAUAAAAUGAACCGGUCCACAACCAACCAAAUGUCGUCUGGCAGAGACUACCUUGGUGACUUUUUGGUAUGGCGGCCGCCAGGUGACCUGGCGAAAAAUCAGGCCUUCUGGGCGGCUUUAGUAGUGUGGGUGGCUCUGGUUGGAGCGGCCCUCUUUCUCCAAUGACGAACUAGGUGUUUGCAGGUAUCAUUUGUGAACUCAUUGUGCGUUAUUAAAACAAGUUGCUAUAAUAUGAUUAUUAUGUCAUCUUAAUGUGUAUAUGAAGAAUUGAUAAUAUGUGAUUAUUAUUGUAUAUGUUUUUAACUUCUCUUCAAUGGGUAUAUUAUUGUUACCAGUUUGGUUUUAA